AUGAGCAAAGAUAUAGUUGAAAAAAGUGAGUGUGAAGAGUUUGACAAAAAUUAUACAGGAAUUGCCACUAUAACAUAUAAAAAUGGAGAUAAAUUUAUCGGAUCGUUUUGUAAUGGAGAAAGAUCAAGUGGGAAAUAUUUUUAUUCACAAAAUAGAAUAUAUGAGGGUUCAUAUUUUAGUGGAAAAAAACAAGGUUUGGGACGGCUUGUAAAAAGUUCAAAUGAUUUUUAUUAUGGAAAUUUUGAAAAAGGAAAAAAAAACGGAUUGGGGUUUCAAAAAUAUCCAAAUAAUGACUUUUAUUAUGGAGAAUGGAAAAAUAAUAAAAAGCAUGGAAAAGGAAUAUACUAUUUUUCAAAUUCUAAAGAAUAUUAUUCUGGUGAAUGGUGCAAAGGUAAUUUUGUUAGUGGGACGUGGCAUAUUUCUGGAAAUAUAAAAUAUGUCGGAACCUUUUUCAAGAAUAAGCCAAAAUAUAAUGGAAGUUUUUUUUUUACGAAUGAAUCGAAAAUAUGUGUUUUUUAUGAACAAUUAGUUAAUCUCUCUAGUGAUAAUGCUAAUAAUGUGGAUCUAUUUUGGAAAUAUUUAUAA